UGCUGGUGCUCGGAGCAUUAUUAAAGCUGCUUUGUGGUUUUGCAGUGGUACGCAGCUCGAGGCACAUGCCAGAUGAUCAGGGGAGGAAUACAGGUCCCCUGAGAGCAAGUCAUGUGACCAGCCCAUGCCACGUGACGUCAGCGGCAGAUGGCAUGGGUACCAGCUCUGGCAGUUGGCAUCAGUGUCAUUUCUCUUAGCGCGAGACAAGGAGAACAGUGGGGAGGUGAGAAAACCGCACGAGCUGUUCACCUGCUAAAACACCACGCCGGGAAAAAGAAAGUUCAAAAUAGGAAAUAUGAAAACUGUCAUCUGACACCAUCAUAUUCCAGUAAGAGCACAAUGCUGACUCUUCCCUUUGAGGAUCCCGUCAUAAUGGACACUCAAUUCGGGGCAAACUUUCCAAGGGACUGCGUGGGAGACUUGAAGGGCAAUAAACAAGAGCCCUUCGAGAAGGAGGAGACUCUGUCCCAUGUGAUGGACGAUGAUGAUUCGGAGAAGGACGAAGAUGAACGGGAGGAUGGACAAGACGAGAACGGUCUGCCUCGGAGGAGAGGACCUCGGAAAAAGAAAAUGACCAAAGCUCGGGUGGACCGGGUCAAGGUGAGGCGCAUGGAGGCCAACGCGAGAGAGAGGAACCGCAUGCAUGGUCUGAACAAUGCCUUGGACAGCCUGCGCAAGGUGGUGCCGUGCUACUCCAAAACUCAAAAACUAUCAAAAAUCGAAACCUUGCGGCUGGCCAAAAAUUACAUCUGGGCGCUCUCUGAGAUCCUGAGCACUGGGAAGAGGCCUGACCUCUUGACCUUCGUUCAGACCUUGUGCAAAGGGCUUUCUCAGCCCACCACAAAUCUAGUGGCCGGGUGCCUGCAGCUGAAUGCAAGGAACUUCAUUCCGGAUCAGAUCAGUGGUGAGGCGUCUUUCUCCGGUAGGUCACCUUAUGAAUCAGUGUACUCAACCUACCACAGUCCCAGUGUGGUGACGCCUUCAGGACCCUCCGUUGAUGCCGUCAAACCCUUCAGGUCGUUCAACUACUGCAGCUCCUACGAGUCUUUCUACGAAAGCGUGUCGCCGGAAUGCGGAAGCCCUCAGUUUGAGGGUCCCCUAAGCCCUCCUAUUAACUUUAACGGAAUCUUUUCCCUCAAGCACGAAGAGCCGGUUGAGUACGGCAAGAGCUGCCACUACGGCACGCGCUACUGCGCGGUUCCGCCGCGCGCUUCCAUCGGCCAGAGCGCGCGGGGCUCGUCGGAUCUCCAUUUCCCAUAUGACAUUCACCUUCGCGGCCAAUUUUACCCCGUGCAAGACGAAUUAAACACUUUUCAUAAUUAACGAGAUGAGAGAGAAAGUCAUAUGUGAGUGAAAAUGCAGGACGUUCAAUCGCACAUGUAUUAUUUAUUAUAAAAAGCGCCCGUCUCGGAUUCUGGGUUUGGGCCAUCGGAUGUUUUAUUAUUUAUCAUUUUUAAUUAAAUGGAAAAUGUGCUUACGGUGUUUCUAAACAAUUUGUUUUUAUAACUUGAAAUUGUUCGCGUAUUCUUAUGGGAAAAAACAAUCCCCUUUAUAAUUGGAAUGUGAUUUAUUUAUUAAUUUAUUUAUUUUUAUUUAGUGAGCAUUUAUUGAUCUUACAAACACAAUCUGUAAAUAAAAACUAUUGGACUAAAAGGCGAAAUUUAAUUAUGAGGAUUAAGUCGUUCAAAUAGGCCUAUUUGCGAUAUAAAUUUAGGAAAAAAAGAGAGCAAUAAUAGGGUGCUAUGCAAUACACGAAUGCUCGAUCUGGCCUUUUAUAUAUCUUCAUAAUUUGUCUAAACAAUGUUAGCAGAAAUUUCAAAAUAUUGCUGUUUAAAAGACUUAAAAUGUCACCAUUUUUAUAUAAAUAAUUGUUUAUUGGUUUAUGUAAAGACUAACAGGAGAACAUGGAUUUUAUUUAUUUAUAUUUUAUCAAAUUUUUAUUCUUAAUGGUGAAAGUUUUGUGGUGUUUUUACACAGGGCACUGUUUAGGCUAUAUGGUGGUAAAUAAAUUGAUUCAAUCAUUGCCUAUUAGCCUAUUAUUAUUAAUUAUUAUUAUUAUUAUUAUUAUUAUUAUUAAUCAUAAUCAUAAAAACAAGAGGCUAAUAAUAAUAUUUACACUAAUGCUCAAAGAAAGCGAAGAGUCAAUGAUUGAAUUAAUUAUUCUGGUAAAGAACAUAUAGGAUACUAAAAAAUAUAUGUGGAUGUAAUUCUGAAAACGAAAUUAUAAUGGUAUAUUAACGAAUUGCAUUAUUUGUUUAUCUGUGUAACUUUAUAAAUGUGGACAAUCGAGUUUUCUGCAUCCUUUCAAUUUCCAAAUAUUUUAAAUAAUUCACCUGUGUCUGCGCGUAAUUUUAAGAGUAAGAUCACAACACGAUGAUGAUAAUGAUGUAAUUAUGCAACAGAUUGUUUGACAGUUCCGUCUUUUAUCAAAUAUUAAGUCGUCGAUAUAUUGGUGACAUUGCGUACAAUCGCGGAACUAUCACUGUAAGCAAAUGCAUUUGAAGCAUGUAAAAUCUCUAAUGGAAAGGUCUGUGUGGUGUCUAGUGAACUCAUGUCACGGGAAAACCUGCCUUAAUAUAUUUGUCAGCAUCAUUUAUGCAAUGUCAUCAUGGAUGUCUGCAGUGGUGAAUUCGUGCAUUCUGAUUUUUCACACCAAACGGAUUUUUUUCUGUGCACAAAUUAUUGAAUGCACUGAAACUGGUCUUUGUACACUGUCAAGCUGUUUUGUACAGUAAAAUAAAGUUUAAUUCAAUACAC